GUUUUUUAUUUGAAUAUACAGUAGCAAGCUAGUUUAGUCGGAUAGCGUCGGAUUCCUAUCCUCUUUAUCCGUGACUGAUGCAAGACAGAGUUAGAUAACUAAGCCGCGAGUGUCAAUCGAACGUUAGAAAGGACAUGAAAUAACCCUGUCAAAACGCUUUACGUGAUCGUUCUAACAGUUAGACAACCAUUCAUUCAGAUAGACUCCGGCAUUGUGCUAUUCCGAACCAUGGACUUGAACAUUCUGGAUCAUAGACUGCGAGUGACUAGUAUUUGCAAAAAUGGGCUGAUGAAUUUCACUCAUCCACUGAUAAAACUAAUAUUUCUGCGGAACAGAACAAGAUGCAAGUUCUUCAGCCUUACGGAAACCCCAGAAAACUACACUGUCGUCCUCGAUGAAGAGGGAUUUAAAGAGCUGCAGCCCUCAGAGCACCUUCAGGUGGAGGGUUCCGUGUGGCUGCCCCUCAACGUCGUCUCCAAUGGCAAUGCUUCCAGCAGCUCGCAGGCAGUGGGCGUGACCAAGAUCGCCAAGUCCGUUAUCGCCCCAUUGGCCCAGCAGCACGUUUCCGUCUUCAUGCUCUCCACCUACCAGACGGACUUCAUCCUGGUGAGGGAGAAGGAUCUGGCUGUAGUGGUCAAUACUCUGGAAGAAGAGUUCAAUAUCUACAGGGAGGUGGGGGGAGAGUACUCUGCUGUACUGAGCCAAGAUGUCCGCAAUGGCUUCCAGAAGAACGGCAAAGAAGCCCCUCAGCUUACAGUGCACCCUGUGCUGAUACCACCGAACCAGUUCUGUGUGAUGAGUCUGGACCCGGACACCCUGCCUGCCAUCGCCACCACCCUCAUUGAUGUGCUCUUCUACUCCGAAAGUCCUAAAGGGGGCGCUCUUCCAAGUCAGGACCUAGACUGUAUCAAGUUCUUCUCCUUCUCCCUGAUUGAUGGCUAUGUCUCCCUGGUCAUGGACACUGAAGCGCAGAGACAGUUUCCCGCUGAUCUUCUCUUUACAAGUUCCUCUGGGGAGUUGUGGAGAAUGGUGCGCAUUGGAGGACAGCCUCUUGGUUUCGAUGAGUGCGGCAUUGUUGCCCAGAUAUCCCAGCCUUUAGCCGACAGUGACAUCUCUGCCUAUUAUAUCAGCACUUUCAGCUUCGACCAUGCCCUGGUUCCCGAAGAGGAUCUAGAGAGCGUGACUGCUAUGCUCCAGCAACACAGGGCCGAGCCUGCCUGCUGACGGUGACCUCCCGGCAGCCCGGCCCAUACUGUGCCCGCCUCUGGUGCCUCGUGGCGGAGAUAUGCUAACUCUGUGCCUAGACUAGCACUGCAGCGUGAGCAGUAUUAACCACCGACAUUGUUGCCAUGACCACCGAAGUUGAUUCUAGGAAGAGGGGGUGUCUGUGAAGAGUGUCUUAUCUUCCCAGAAUCCUUAGGGCGAUGCACCGAUGCUUGUACCAUGGCCAACGCACAAAAGGGGACUGGUGAACUAAAGUCCAGUUGUGAUGAUGGUAGCACUGCGAAUGUAAUGCAUUACCGUGUGGUUAUAAUGCAUUAAAACUUGUUAUAAGUCUUAUUUUCAAAUUAUAACAAACCUGACCAAAAAAAAGCCACUUUGGGUCAGUGGAAAAUGUACCACACAGAGCAACGUAAAUCAUUGCUGAAACCUUGCAAUAACGCGUUAUAAAAGGCCAAUGCUUAUAACGAGUAAGAUAACAUACCUGUAGCCUUUUCUAAAGUGUUGCCAUGAGGACGUAUGUUACUUUCCUGCUUUCUGCAGUGCACAAAACGUUACUAGUACUGUAAACACGGCUGAGUCUUCUAGUGAUUUUAUAACAUAAUACGAUGUGUCAGAAUGACCCCGUUUGUGUCAAUGGUCAAAUGUAAUGUGAGUGAAUUGUAUGAAGCACAACUUUAAGGUUUGUUAAAAGUUCUCUCUAUUGGUGCUUUGUUUUUUAUCAUAUCUUUGCCACUUAAUUGAGUUUCAGCACAGAAUUUUGGCCAUUUACUUUACUUCAAAUAUACCGCAUUUUCUUCUAAAAGGUCAGCCUUAAAAUGUAUUGGUGGGAAUUAAGGAACCAAGUUUAUUAAGUCAUCUGGUACAUAAAAAAAAAUGGAUGUCAUGCGUGUGUUUAGGCGUGUGUUUUGUAGACCUUCCUCUGUUACUCAGAAAAGCAUGACGGUCAUUAGAUAAACGUGUUAGGAAGGGGAUGGUCAAAGUUUUCAUGGAAGAACUUGAUGUUCUAUAAAUAAAUGAAGUUCUUAUUUUGGUGCCAUGAUUGGUGUGUGGCUGCCAUUUGAUCUGAGAAUAAUGUCACAGUUGUCGUUAGUAAUCCCAUAAUGCCAAGACUAGAGGUGGCUUUUAAUUUUUAAAGCAACGUAACUAUUAGUAGAAUUAAAUUAAUUAUGGAAACACAGAACUUUUGAUUUGUAUUUGUUACCUGAAUAUAUUUUCAGAAAAGUAAGUUUUGUUUUCACUACAAUCAAUAUGCACUGCUGUUGUGUGCAACAAGUCAGUUUGGUGAAUGCAUAACUAGUGGGAAAAUUUGCAUUUUAUCAUCAUGCAGAUUGUAGAAAAUCUGCACGAGUAUUGCUAACCUUGCUACUGUUGAACAAAUGUUGUAUAUCAGAAUUGUAUUUUACUGAAAACUUAUGUAGGUUAAUAAUAAUUUCAAGCUGGCAUAUCACAAAAGAUAUUACAUAAAUACCAUGAUCAUCCAAGAUUCACCACA